UUUAGGCGGUUAAACUUAAACCUCAAAACAAGAAGCAUUUUAACAAACAGUUGGUAGGCAACAAAUAUCGAUACUCUCUCUAUGAUUUCCAAAGCUGCAGUGACAAGUCAAAUAGCUGUAUCAUGCUAAAGACAUCUCCCAUGCUUCAUCGGCUGUCUGUUGCCUCCUUCACGAGCAGAAUUUGUUGCAGAAGAAUGAGCUCAAAGCCGUCAUUAGCAAGCCCAAAAUUCAUUUCUGUUGAAGGGGGUGAUACCCAUUCAAGUAAAAGUGAUGGUGUCAAUUUCAGUCUUGUCUCCUAUAACAUUUUAGCACAGGUUUAUGUGAAGAGUUCUCUCUUUCCACAUCUCCAUCUGCUUGCCUCAAGUGGAAGCACCGGUCAAAGGCAAUUGUAACUUUCUGAAGAACUUUGGUGCCGACUUCCUAUGCUUACAGGAAUUAGACGAGAUGACUUUACAAAGCAAAUUUGAAGACUGAUGGUUAUUCUAGUAUAUAUAUUCAGAGAAGUGGGCAGAAGCGUGACGGGUGUGGAAUUUUUUUAAGGACAACUG